UGCUCUGUGCCGGUGGUCGGAGCUCUGGGUCAGUUCUUCAGUUAGAAGCUGAGUGGAGUGUGUGGAGGAGCUGCUGCCUCUGUGGAGAACUGAGUUGAAGGGCUUUUUUUUCCUCGAUAAGUGAAGCUUUUCCACAAUGCCGUCCCUGGACUUGCUUACAAUAUUCAUCCAAACUGAGGAUUUUUACCUUACUUAGGAGACUGUACAUGACAUCACACCAACAGUGAAUUGGAUACUAAUCUGCCCUGGUCCACCAGCACCACCCAGUGGAUUGUAAGGUGGACUGCACAGGCUGUGGAUUAUUUGUGGAUAAAGCCCUCAGCUGGAUUGGGACCAUGGCUGACUCAAUGUACUCAGACUUGAUAGCCAGGCACUACAACUUCACGGGGAAGUUACGUAAAACAGACAGGGAUCCCGGUCUUAAAGCCGACUCUGUGGUGUUCAUAAUCGUGUGCUGCUUCAUCAUCAUGGAGAACGUGCUGGUUCUCCUCACCAUCUGGAGAACCAAGAAGUUUCACAAGCCUAUGUACUACUUUAUUGGGAAUUUGGCCCUGUCAGACUUGCUGGCAGGCGUGGUAUACACUGCCAACAUCUUGCUCUCAGGACCCAACACUUACAGACUGAGCCCCACACAGUGGUUCUUCAGGGAGGGCAGCAUGUUUGUGGCCUUGGCUGCUUCAGUUUUUAGCCUCCUGGCUAUCGCAAUCGAGCGGCACCUCACCAUGCUAAAGAUGAAGCUCCACAACAAUGGCAACACCUGCCGGGUCUUCAUGCUGAUCAGCACCGUGUGGUUCAUCGCUGCUAUACUGGGCGGCCUGCCCGUCAUGGGCUGGAACUGCAUCCAGAGCAUGAAGAACUGCUCAACGGUGCUGCCACUCUACCACAAGACCUACAUCCUGUUCUGCACUACCGUCUUCAGCGUCAUCCUCAUGGCCAUCGUGGUGCUCUAUGCCCGCAUCUACACCCUGGUGCGCACUCGCAGCCGCAAGCUGGUCUUCCGCAAGGUCUCCAAUGGCCGUGGUGGCAAUAAGAGCUCUGAGAAGUCCAUGGCCCUGCUCAAGACCGUCAUCAUCGUGCUGAGCUGCUUUAUCGCCUGUUGGGCGCCACUCUUCAUUCUCCUGCUGCUGGACGUGGCUUGCGAGAUCGGCGCCUGCCGGAUCCUCUACAAGGCCGAGUGGUUCCUGGCCCUGGCCGUACUCAACUCGGCCAUGAACCCGCUCAUCUACACGCUGACCAGCAACGAGAUGCGCCGCGCCUUCAUCAAAAUGCUGCUGUGCAGCAAAGUGUGCAGCCAGCCUUCAGGCAAGUUCUCCAGGCCCAUCAUGGGGGCCGAGUUCAGCCGGAGCAAGUCAGACAACUCCUCCCAUCCCAACAAGGACGAACCAGAAUACUCGCCCAGGGAAACCAUUGUGUCUUCGGGGAACAUCACCUCUUCUUCUUAAAAUGGGGGUCAUCCAGCUCUGGUUUUGGAGGGCCUUGGAGGUUGGGUUCACAUUAGAGGCUCAAUAUUUGUGGUCUGAUCUGAUUUAUCUGGAUUGUUGGAUAAAAUACCAAUUUGUCAUGAGUUCGCCUAUGGAUCAGGUUUUGUAUUCAAGUUAAAGCCACUGCUGCCACUGACGUUUUUUCUGACAUCCAACAAAUGGCUAAGAACUGAACCUCAGUGAUGUCGGAUCAAGCAAAAUAUCUCUAAUAAAGUUGUAGAACUUGUAAAAGCCCUUUUAUAGAAGCCAAUGUUUUUUUUAUAAAAUUAUGAAAUGAUUUCAUAAUAAUUUAUGAAAUUUACAAAAAUGGAAUUUCUGACAGCAACAAUCAGAAUCUAAGACCUGAGUAAGAUUUUGUGUUCACAUUUAGGUGAAAAAAAAAAUUUAAUCAAUCCAUUUUCAAGCUUAUAAUGUGAACGUAAUCCAGAACAGUUUUUUAAAUUACUUCAGUUCCCACUAAAGCUAAAUCAUGACCCUCCAGAACCAAAGCUGGACACCGUCUUAAAGGGACUCUGUACAGUACUCCCCCUCCCCUAUGUAGUCUAUGAAUGUGUAUGUGUGUGGAAGGUGUGUGUGUGUGUGUAAAUCUGUCUGUUAGUGUGUACAGUGUGUACAGUAUGUGUGUGUAAAUGUGUGGUUUGUUUUUUAGUGUUACAAGUGCUUGAACUAUUUCUAUGACUUUUUUAAUUUUGUUGAACGGCAUGAAAAUGCCAUCUGAAAAAGGGCUGAACUGGGAGAAACAGAGACUGAAUGAAGAAAUACAGAAGCCCUUUACUUGUGAACUGGAAAGUGCUGCAUAUUUACAAGACUCUUUUUUUCUUUCUUUUUUUUCGCCCACUUUUGAAGGACGUCCAGCACUAAAAGUCCGUCUUCCUCCGAUGCCAGAGCGGAACGUAGGGAAGCACUUAAUAAACUGAGCUGUGUAAACUUGAUUAAUCAGUAUUACCCGUCGUCCUGUUCUUCAUGUCCGCGGAAACGUGAGCAUGUUCCGUUGUGAGGAACAUUUAGAUUAGCACUUGUUGUAAAAGUGCUCUUUGAGAGCCAUCAAUAGGCCUUACUGACUCUUCUUAUGGAUUGAUUAAAGUGAUUAAACGUGACAUUAGUUUGUUUUGCUCAUUUGUACCAUUCCAUGGAAAUUAAAUUAAAGAAUUACAGUAAAAAAAGGUACUUGUGUUUCUUUGACUUUUAACACCGUGGUCUUAGUGAGGGUCAAUCCUUCAUGGACAUUCUGUGUACGUGUACAGUAGCAUUAAUUUAUCUCUGAAACGGAAGCUGAAUGCAUGUGUGGUGAUGUGGACAGGGGGAUAGAGGACUGGUUCUGUAUUGUAUUCCUCACCGUUCCUCUAGCAGGUCUUAGUGCAGUGCGUCCUGGUAUUUCUUUUACUCUUCCAGAUUUGACCCUUCGACUUCUGCAUGGUUCAGUUCUAUAGAAAAAAUAAGUAAUGGAAGGUCAAGCAUAAUAUAUAAAAGCUUCAGUGGGGAAUGGUGUCUCCAUCAUCACCAUCAUCAACAUAAUCAUCGUCCUUCUCCCCCCUGCAUGUGAGCACACCAUGUGUAUGGAAGCACUGUAAGCCUCUUCAGGAAUAGAGGUCCACACCACUAGGCCAGCCCUGAGCCCUUCAGUCCCUGUUGUUUGUGUUUUGCACUCUGUAACAUCUGUGUUUUUUUGUUUUUUGUUAGUUUGUCAAUAAAUAUUUGAUGUAAAAA